UAAAGGUCCCAAUUUGGAUGCGACUUCCUCACACACUGAAAGCUAAAGCGCCUAAGCCAAUAAAAACCAAACCAACGAAACAUACCUUACUCACUUCUCAGCUCUGACACAACCCAACCGUACUCCACAUCCCAUCUCACUCCUUUCUUAAGUUUCUUCCUUUCAUUCGAUUCGUUUUUUCAGUUUUUCUCUUUUCGCUUUUUCAAUUAUUUCGCUCCUUUUUUAGUUGUUUUCCUCAGAAGACGAAACGAACAUGGCGGAAUCGGUGGAGCUUCCGAGCCGGUUGGCAAUCCUUCCUUUCAGGAACAAGGUGCUGCUUCCCGGCGCCAUCAUCAGAAUCCGCUGCACUUCUGCAACCAGUGUGAAGCUGGUGGAACAAGAGCUUUGGCAGCGAGAAGAGAAGGGGAUGAUUGGCAUCUUGCCAGUUCGUGAUGCUGCUGAAGUUAAGCCAGUGGGUCCCACUAUGUCUCAAGGUCUUGAUUCUCUAGAUCAGAGCUCAAAACUUCAAGGUGGUUCAUCUGAUUCUCAUAAACUUGAUGCAAAAAAUCAGAAUGAUGUUGUUCAUUGGCAUAACAGGGGGGUAGCUGCUCGAGCAUUACACUUAUCAAGGGGAGUGGAGAAACCAAGUGGGAGGGUCACGUAUAUAGUUGUUCUUGAAGGUUUGUGCAGAUUCAGCGUCCAAGAACUAAGCACAAGAGGGACAUACCAUACUGCAAGGAUCUCCUCCCUUGAGAUGACUAAGACUGAGAUGGAACAGGUGGAGCAAGACCCUGAUUUCAUAAUGCUGUCUCGCCAAUUUAAAGCGACUGCCAUGGAGCUUAUUUCUCUUCUAGAGCAGAAACAAAAAACUGGUGGAAGGACAAAGGUUCUUUUGGAGACUGUCCCAGUUCACAAGUUGGCUGAUAUAUUUGUUGCUAGCUUUGAGAUAAGCUUUGAAGAACAACUGUCUAUGUUGGAUUCAGUUGAUCCUAAAGUGAGGCUUUCAAAAGCAACUGAAUUAGUUGAUAGGCACUUACAAUCUAUACGUGUAGCAGAGAAAAUUUCACAAAAGGUUGAAGGACAACUGUCAAAAUCUCAAAAGGAAUUUCUUCUGCGUCAACAGAUGAGGGCUAUAAAAGAGGAACUUGGUGAUGAUGAUGAUGAUGAGGAUGACCUUGAAGCUCUGGAAAGAAAGAUGGAAAGUGCAGGAAUGCCACAGAAUAUCUGGAAGCAUUCUCACAGAGAAUUGAGGAGACUUAAAAAAAUGCAGCCCCAGCAACCUGGGUAUAGCAGUUCACGGGCUUAUCUGGAACUUCUUGCUGAUCUGCCAUGGCAGAAGGCCAGCAAAGAAAUUGAACUUGACUUGAGAGCAGCACAGGAGCGCCUGGACAGAGAUCAUUAUGGUUUAGUCAAGGUCAAGCAACGGAUAAUUGAGUACUUGGCUGUUCGCAAGCUUAAGCCAGAUGCAAGGGGCCCUGUAUUGUGCUUUGUUGGACCGCCAGGUGUUGGGAAAACAUCAUUGGCAUCUUCUAUUGCUUCAGCUUUGGGCAGAAAAUUUGUGCGCAUUUCCCUUGGUGGUGUCAAGGAUGAAGCUGAUAUUAGAGGACACAGGAGAACAUACAUUGGAAGCAUGCCUGGGAGGCUCAUAGAUGGACUAAAGAGAGUAGCUGUCUGCAAUCCUGUCAUGCUGCUCGACGAAAUUGACAAGACUGGUUCUGAUAUUCGUGGAGAUCCAGCUUCAGCAUUGCUAGAAGUUCUUGAUCCAGAACAAAAUAAAACAUUCAAUGAUCACUAUUUGAAUGUUCCAUUUGAUCUUUCCAAGGUAAUAUUUGUGGCUACAGCAAAUAGGGCACAGCCGAUUCCACCACCUCUCCUUGACAGGAUGGAGGUCAUUGAGCUUCCUGGAUAUACAGCUGAGGAAAAGCUAAGCAUAGCCAUGCGACAUUUGAUUCCUAGAGUUUUGGAACAGCAUGGGUUGAGUUCUGAAUUUCUUCAAAUUCCAGAGGGGAUGGUCAAGCUUGUUAUUCAUAGAUAUACUAGGGAAGCUGGUGUACGAAAUUUGGAAAGGAAUCUCGCUUCCCUUGCUCGUGCUGCUGCUGUAAGAGUAGCAGAGCAAGAACAGUUUGUCCCACUAAACAAAGGGAUGGAGGGACUAGCUACACCACUUCUGGAAAACAGACUUGCUGAUGGUGCUGAAGUUGAAAUGGAAGUUAUACCAAUGGGUGUCAACAAUCAAGACAUUUCAAACACAUUCAGGAUCACCUCUCCGUUGGUUGUUGAUGAAGCCAUGCUUGAAAAAGUGCUUGGGCCUCCAAAGUUUGAUGGAAGAGAGGCCGAACAACGUGUGGCAACCCCUGGGGUAUCUGUGGGGCUAGUUUGGACUAGUUUUGGUGGAGAAGUUCAGUUUGUGGAGGCUACAGCAAUGGUGGGAAAGGGUGAAUUGCACCUGACUGGACAACUUGGUGAUGUCAUCAAAGAAUCUGCUCAGAUUGCUUUAACAUGGGUAAGAACAAGAGCAGCUGAUCUUAGGCUGGCUGCCACAGAAGGCAUUAAUCUGUUGGAGGGCCGCGAUGUACAUAUACAUUUUCCUGCUGGUGCUGUACCUAAAGACGGGCCUUCAGCUGGUGUGACUUUGGUCACAGCAUUGGUAUCUCUUUUCAGCCAGAAAAGAAUGAGAUCAGAUACUGCUAUGACAGGGGAAAUGACAUUAAGGGGUCUCGUACUCCCUGUUGGUGGUAUCAAGGAUAAGAUAUUAGCUGCACAUCGGUAUGGUAUUAGGAGAGUCAUCCUACCUGAGAAGAACUUGAAGGACUUGGCUGAAGUACCAUCCUCGGUGCUGAACAACUUGGAGAUACAUCUUGCAAAGCGAAUGGAAGAUGUGUUAGAGCAAGCUUUUGAGGGCGGGUGCCCUUGGAGGCAACACUCAAAAUUGUGACAGUAUUAUCCUUAAGACCUUGACUAGCACGUCCUACAUUCAACCAUUUGGUCCCACCAUGAUCUAUAUGCAUUGUCGUUAAUAUUGGGGCAUUGGAGACCGCUCAUUUAAAUCUAUUACGGUGGACGGUGAUCGUGUUUGAGCAAAACUUGAGUAAGACACGGCUUGGAAAAGAGCUGCAUAUUACAGAGACCGACCCCAUUUACUGUCGGUGCUCUUUUGUAACUUGUAAGUACAUUUUUCUUUUCUGCGUUCGACUCGCAGUUAACCUACUCCCUUUUUAUUCCCACUUUAUUCUGUAAAUUUUGUUGUAUCAAUGUAAUUUUUAUUGUGCAUAAUCUAUUCAGUUUUUUCACCAACCAAUGGAGCACUUCUGUAUUCUCUUUGAGUCAGUUGGUUCUAUUGUCGCUUUUAUGUAUAACUAGAAUGGGACCUACGUGUUAUUGGUUCGGAAUCUAUAUUAUUCGACU